AUGACUUUUUUUUCUUUAGUUUUGACACCGAACGAUGUAAAUUCAUGUGUGAAUAUGUUUCGACAACAUACAGAGACUUUAUGUCCAAAAUGUGGUAUCAAUAAGACUAUAACAGUGAAAAAGACAUUACGUCUAACCAUGGCCGUUAUAGACAUUGAUUAUGGAGCAUUUAUUAGAAGGCCAAUGGACUGGUCAUUUGAAUAUGAAACACCUCAAUUUGUGCUAAACAACAGAUUUAAAUUCACUUUAAAAAUUAAAACAUCAACUAACGAUCAAGAGGUAAUAAUAUGUCACUUACACGAAGGUAAUAAAUACCAAUCAAACAUAGAUAUACAAUUAGAUUCUGGAUCAAGUGUUGUGUUUUCUUGUCAACAAACAUGUAGUAUACAUCUUACUGGCUAUUACUUGAAUUGA